AUGGAAGUGACUUCAUCUAAUCAGGAGGCCUUGAGAUCAGAAGGUGUUCAAAUCCAUCGUGGACCUCCUUCUAUCUACCAGCUGAUACCAAAGAAAGAGAGGAUUGGAACUUUGACCAGAGUGACGGUUGGUGAGAAAGAUGAGAACAAGAUCAAUAAAACAAUCUUACUAGUUGGUGAAACAGGAGCAGGAAAGUCAACCAUGGUCAACGCUCUGUUCAACUAUGCUGUGGGAGUGAAGUUUGAGGAUGAAGUUUGGUUUCAGAUUGUGGAGGGAUCUAAGGAGGGAUCUGUGGAGGGAGAGGAGCAGAAAAGUCAAACAAAAAGUCAAACAUCAGAUGUGAUCGUCUAUCAGAUUUUUGGUUUUGAAGGCCAAAGUCUGCCGUUCUCUCUCACCAUCAUCGAUACUCCUGGAUUUGGAAGCACCAGAGGAUUUGAAGAAGAUAUCUCUGUCAGCAGAAGAUUGUUUGACUUGUUCAGAUCAGAAGAUGGAGUUCAUGAGAUCAAUGCAGUGGGUCUGGUGAUGAAGGCUAGUGAUAACCGACUGAAUGGCAGACUGAGGUACAUCUUCAAUUCAGUGAUGUCUCUGUUUGGAAAAGACCUGGAGAAUAACAUUGUAGCUCUGGUCACUCAUUCUGAUGGGAGACCACCUGAAAAUGUGCUAAAGGCCUUGGAAGAUGCAAAAAUUAAAAGUUCCAGAGAUGAGAUGAAUCAGCCUGUACACUUCAUUUUUAAUAAUCAACAGAUCAAACAGAGAAACAGAACAGAGAAAGAUCGGCAGAGUUCAAAAUACUCUUGGGACUUUACUAAUGAAGACAUGGGUCGUUUGAGAGACUUUCUGAAAAAAACCAAACCUCAGGCUCUGAAAACAACCAUGGAGGUUCUGAAUGAACGGAUCAGACUGGAGGCCUGCAUCCAGAACCUGCAGGAGAGAAUCAAGCUGGCUGAACUAAAGCAGAAUGAAAUCAAACAGACUGAAGCAGAGUAUACUAAACAUGAAGAAGAGAUGAAGGAGCACCAGGACUUUACUAUAGAAGUUGAUGAGGUCUACAAAGACAGAGUAAAAUUUAAAGGUGGACGGUGGGGUGUGGUGUUUUAUGAAGGAGCCAUCACCUGUUCUGUCUGUGAGGAGAACUGUCACUAUCCAGGAUGCACAAUGGCCUGGAAACCAGGACACUGCAAGGUAAUGAAGAAGGGGCACUGCACAGUUUGUACCAAAAAGUGUCCUGCUUCAAAUCAUGUGAAAGAAAAUUGGAGAUAUGAGAUAAAGACCAGAAAAGUUCAGAAGACCCUGGCAGGUGUGAAGGAGAAAUAUGAAAAGAAUAAAGCAGAAUGUGAGUCAAAGUCAGGUCUUUUGGAAAACCUUAAACAGGAAACCAUUAAGCUGACAGCAAAGCGAACGUCAGUGCUGGAUGAGGCCUACGAUCAUGUUAUCAAACUGGAGCAGAUCGCCCUGAAUGUUAACUCAGGUUACACUUUUAACUACAUGGGCUUCCUGAUUGAGAAGAUGAAGGAAAGGGGAGACAAAGAAAAGCUCAAAAUACUAGAAAAGCUGAAGAUUAGGAUGGAUAAAAAUAAUGAGGGUCAAACCCAAUGGCAACACAUUUAG